UUAACCACAAAGGCAAGACGCCCUCUCCAUCACCUCAGACAGAGCUACUCUCACAACCUGGCUCGAGAGGCAUCUGAGGGGGAAAAUACCCGGAUGGAGGAGGCGGAGCCCCUUGACACGAGAGGGAAGCCUAAGUCCCUUCCCUCCCCGACGCCUCUUUGCGCCAAUCACAGGGCGAGGCGCGCAGGCCCAUCCUCCACCGCGCCUUCGUCCCGCCUCCGGUUCUAAACCGCCGGGCGCGCGCCUCUGACCGCUCCCCCCUCCCCCCCGCGACGUGCGGCUAGUACAGUAUUCUUUCACCCUCUCCUCCUCCUCCCGCACGCGCUAGGGCCGAAAUCCCGCCACCAAAACUCGCGAGAGGACAUGUCCGCGGCGGCGGCGGCCGGAGAGGAUUGACAAGACAGUGGGUUGAAACAGACUAUAAGGAGCAUUGUUACAAGUGAUUAUUACCCAGUUGCUAGACCACAAUGGAACAUAAGGGGACAGUGGACCUGGAAGAUGAUUUGGGAUUAUUAUCACGCCUUGCCCCUAGUCCUCACAGUGAAGCAGUUGCCCAUGAAUUUCAAGAACUCUCUUUGCAUCCAAACCAGUAUUUGCCUCCUCUCAAAGAAAGGAAGAAUGUUCUUCAGUUGAAGCUACAGCAAAGGCGCACAAGAGAGCAGCUGGUGGACCAGGGAAUCAUGCCACCUUUGAAGAGCCCAGCUGUGUUUCAUGAGCAAAUAAAGAGUUUGGAAAGAGCCAGGACUGAAAACUUUCUGAAACAUAAAAUACGCAGUAGGCCUGAUCGAUCAGAAUUAGUCAGGAUGCAUAUUCUUGAAGAAACGUUUGCAGAACCCUCUCUCCAGGCUACUCAGAUGAAGUUAAAGAGGGCGCGACUUGCAGAUGACUUAAACGAGAAGAUCGCUCAGAGGCCGGGCCCUAUGGAACUGGUGGAGAAGAAUAUUCUCCCUGUAGACUCCAGCGUCAAAGAAGCCAUUAUAGCGGUUGGUCAGGAGAACUAUCCUCAAGCUGUGGAUGAUUUCUCGUUUGACGAAGAUAGCAGUGAUGCUUUAUCUCCCGAUCAGCCUGGUAGUCAGGAGUCCCAAGGGUCAACCGCUUCCCCCGGAGAGCCCAAAGCGAAAGAAGUACCCUCGCCAGUCACCCCAGCUUCUUCCGCCACACAGUAUCCCCCCAUAGCAUUACCAGGACCUGACUUUUUGAAGCCACCUGUCACAGAUCAGCAUGUCACACGCACAACUGCUGCUCCUCUUACCACAAAUUCUGUGACUGCCACAAAACCCUGCAGUGGGCCAACACUAAUAAAGCAACUUCACCCCAAGAACUCCAGUGACAGACCUCGGAGCAAGAAAAGCAAAGAACCGAAGCCCAGAGUGAAGAAACUGAAGUAUCAUCAGUAUAUUCCCCCCGACCAGAAAGGAGAGAAAAACGAGCCCCCGAUGGACACCAACUAUGCUCGUUUGCUGCAGCAGCAGCAACUGUUUUUGCAACUGCAAAUCCUGAGCCAACAGCAGCAACAUUACAAUUACCAGACAAUUCUCCCUGCACCACUCAAGCCAGUAAAUGACAAACAGGGUAACACUGGGAAUGUACCACUGACUACUUUGAACAACAGCACAUCUCCAGUAGCGGUCAGCACACUAAGACAGAACACUAAUAUUUUAAACAGAAAGCCAGGACCACUUCCUCCCAGCUUGGAUGAUUUGAAGGUAGCUGAACUGAAAAUGGAAUUAAAGCUUAGAGGAUUGCCUGUGUCUGGAACUAAAAUAGAUCUCAUUGAGCGCCUGAAACCCUAUCAGGAUCUUAACAAUAAUUCUGUUGGCACAAGUAACACAGUGGCAGCAACUGCUUCCAGUAACGGAACCAGUAAACCUGGAGAAGUCACUACUCCAUUCCCCGCCGCGCCAUUAAAUAAGCAGGCCAUGAAUUCUGCUCCCAGUUCCUCUUCGGAAACGACACCUGUUGCGACUGGCAACAAAAUGGGACCCCCGGAACACGUGGGCUCCCCUUUGCCCAUCUCGCCCUCUCCUUCGGAACAGUCCAGUCUCAGAACGGACGAUGCUAACAUGGCCGACACUUUGACGGAAAUCAUAACCAUGAUGUCUCCGUCGCAGUUCCCAAGCGCUUCCCCUCUUCGAGCCGCCGCGAACGAAGACCCCGGAAAUACGUCCGGCAUGGACUUGGACACCACUGAGAAGGACCGCAAGCUUCAAGAGAAAGAGAAGCAGAUCGAAGAGCUGAAAAGAAAACUGGAACAAGAACAGAAGUUAGUGGAAGUGUUGAAAAUGCAACUGGAGGUCGAGAAGCGGAGUCAUCCUCCUCCUCCUCAGGCUUCUGCUCAAACGCCGAUGCCUUUGAACCGGCAGCAGAACAACCCCUCUGUUAAAGAAGAAGGCACCCUGGCAGACAGCGCUAAGGCAAGGCAGUUGCUCUCUGAUACCAGCCAUGUUUUAGGGCAGCCCAGGCCAGCCGUUCUCCAAAAUCUAGUUGCUAAAAAGGCCCUGGUUAUCAAGCAAGAGAUACCUUUAGCCAAAGCUGAGCCACAAAAGGUCAUCUCUCAGUUCUUUGUGAGUUCACAGAGACAGCCACAAACGGCGGUCGUGGCCCAUCCCCAAGCGCUUCUGGCUGCCCCAGGAACUGCCCAGCUGUUACUGCCACUCUCUCUGCAGGGUCCAAAUUCAGCCACUUCAGUGCAGCUGCCUGCAAGCAACAUCCAGGUUCAAACACAAGCUGGUAUUCCAGCCAUCGCACAAGUCUCUACUUCUGGUUUGGCCCCCAAAGUGCCACAGAUGCACAUGUCAGCCCCCAAGCAAAAUGUUUCCCCACAGCAUGCAGCUGGCCAAACCUCAGAGAACAGAAAGGUAUUUCCCCCUACCUCACCUAACACAGUGUUUUCCUAUCAGAAUCCGUCGGCUCCCAACCUGCAGCAACCUUUGUUUAAGCAAGCCUCAAACACGACGUCUCACUCAGGGAACCAAGCAUCCUUAGUGCAAAAUGGACCGAAUCCUCUUCAGAAGCCACCUUCCCCAGCUCAGUCCCAACAAUACCUUUUGCACCAGUCCUUGUUCAACAGUUCAGGAACCAAAACAAAAGACCCUCCACGCUACGAAGAAGCCAUCAAACAGACUCGCAGCCUGCAGUCUUCUCAGCGAGAAAUUUCCAAUGCCCACAGCCAGCAUAUGGACGAUCUUUUUGAUAUCCUCAUUAAGAGCGGAGAGAUCUCUAUGCCUAUGAAGGAAGAACCUGCUCUGAUUUCCAAGAUGAGGCCAGUCACCGCCAACAUCAGCACCAUGCCAGUCAACACCGUGGUGUCACGCCCACCCCCACAAGUCCAGAUGGCCCCUCCUCUCUCCUUAGAACCCACCAGCAAUUUCUCUUUGUCUCUGGAGAAUCAGUUAGAAGCACUUUUGGAAGGAACUCUACCCUCAGGUAACGGGAUGCCUCACCUGACCAGCGGUAACGAGGACAAGGAGUCCUUCUCGGUCAUUGAGGAUCUACAGAAUGACCUCCUUAAUCAUACUGGUAUACUAGAUCACUCUCACUCCCCAAUGGAGACUUCUGAGUCACAGUUCACUCCCAGUUCGUGUUUAUCUCUGGACCUCCCAGAUCCCAAUUUAGACAAUAUGGAGUGGUUAGACCUCACCAUGCCAGCCGCUUCCUCGGGAUUAACGCCGCUCAGCUCGACGGCUCCCAGCAUGUUUUCAACAGAUUUCCUGGAUCCACAAGAUCUGCAGUUGCACUGGGAUUAAACCGACUUGGCCCCAGGGUUUUUCAAAGCUCCACUUAUAACAAGGUCCAUUGUUUCACUCUCCUUUUGUUCUCAAGCUCAUCUCUAUAAUUAUCUUAGCGCAAGAUUUUUUUUAAAAAAAAAACAAAAGAUUUAAGAAUGUUCCAAGAAAGGAUUGUGAUUGUUGUAAGCUUAUGAGAAUGUGUCGCGAGCAACGAUUCAGGUGAGUGGGCACAUUGAGAACAAACUGCUUGGCUUAAGAACGACGACGUCGCGCCUUUUCUGUCUCCGCGGACACCCUCGACAAAGCGUUCGUUUGCAUUGUGAGAAACCUUUUGACUGAGCUAAAACCAAUGGGGAUUUUAUACAAGGGAUGAAACUAGACUUACGUUUGGAUUUCUUCAUGAUUUAAAAAGCUUCUCUCUCCCACUAGUCUAUUCUUUUAAAAAAGACGAGCAGAUGUUUCCUUUUAGACUUGCCGCUUUUAUUUGUGGCGCUGCUAAAUCCUAUGCAUCUUUAUUCAGAAAUCACCCCCAUUCUAUUCUAUUCAGCUCUUUCUCCUAUAACAGGGGUAGGCAACCUUGGCUCUUUUAUGACUCGUAGACUUCAACUCCCAGAAUUCCUGAGCCAGCAUGGCUAAGCAUGGAAACCUCUCCCUUUCCCUUCAGCAUGGCUGGCUCAGGAAUUCUGGGAGUUGAAGUCCACCAGUCAUAAAAGAGCCAAGGUUGCCUACUCCUGUCCUAUAAGAAUGCAUAGAAUUUCAGCUUUAAACUGGCCGUAUUACUUGAAAAUAGUAUUUGACAGGUUAAAAAAAGGUUCUUUCAGUUCUUUUUGACCUUUUUUAUGAUUAGUAUUAUUUUUGUGAUACCCAUAAUUGUAUAACCUGCAGUCGGAAAGUGUGCCACUAUGGAAAUCUUCUUUCAUGCGUGAAAAAGGGACUGUCUUGUGUGCAGCAUCGGAAAGAAAAAUAAAGGAAGUAUUUUUUUUUCUUCCCCUUGACAGUUACUGGCUUAUCUCAAGGGCAAACCUCUGUAAAUGUGUGCAUUGUCACGGCGUGUAAUAAUCAGUUAUAUUUAUGGUAAAACUUUGAUUCAGUUUGUGCAGAGGGUAUGCAGGAACUGGUGUAUAUUGGGAAAAAUAUUUCACACACUUCCCCCGCCCUGGUGUUUGGGAGACCUCAGUUGUCAUCUUAAAAUAUUUAAAGGACUUAAAAUCAGUAUUGUUGUUUUUUUUAGUCUGCUGUUCCCAUUAAUUUGGAUUAGAGGAUACCCUCAAUCUUUUGGGCACCAGGGACUGGUUGCAUGGAGAGAAGUUUUUCCAUGGACUGGAAGGCGUGAUUUCGCCUGUUGCCUGCAUCCCGCGGAUGGGGCUUCACAUGUUUUCUCAGACCAGUUUCUGCAUGCUGCAAUGCUGGUCCACGGACCAGGGGUUGGAGACCCCUGCCCUGUGGCAUUUAAAAAACUAAAAGUAUUUCUAUUCUAGGAAAGCUGCUUUCUUUUACAGUUAUUUUUACUAAGCCCUUUUGAAAAAAGAAACAUAAACCAAGAAAGAUAAGGGACAUAUAAAAAGAAUAGAGUAGUAAAAGACAAAUAACGAAAUAUAAAUAAGUAAACAUGGGAUCUAAAAUGUCUGGGAGAUUAUGUUUUUUUUUUCCCAGUAUGCCAUUAUUUAGAAAACAAUUGAAACCCCAUUGUUAAAAGAAAAUUAAAAAUCACCGUUAAACUUUAAAUUGAGGAUAAUCGGUUAAUACAGUAAAAAUUGCUAACUGAAUUAUUAAAGGAUGGGGGCUGUUUAAAUGUUACAUUUCUUUAAAAUUAAAGUUCUUGGAAUGUUAUUCUUUAUUCUAGAAUUUAGUAUUGUGCUUAUGGAGCACUGCUCAUGAUUAGGUGUUUUUUCCAGUUGAUCCAUCCUAUGGAUUUUGAAUUAAGUUUAAUAGUUUACCUUUUAAAUGAAACCUGGAAUUUAUAACUGCUGUGAAAAAGAAACAUGGAGGACAGAAAUUCUGUCUGACAAAAGUAGUGUCAUCGCAAUGCAAGCCCCACUCCUUUUGUGCAUAGGUUGUGAAGUUGCACACCUAUCCCAAAGGAGCUGGCAAUGCUCCUUUCCUAGAUUUGACAAAAGCAAGCAGAUCUGCAGACCUCCAUGUUCCAGUGUGUUCAUUCUACCACCAUAGUCCGGUUGUUCUAAAACUUCUCAGAAUUUCCCAUUUUUUAUUUAAAUAUCAUAUGUAUUAAUGAGGGCCAUCACCCAUAUAACAGUUUGAAUUAGUUCUAUCCAAAAGGGAAGGGAGCAUGUGCUUCCCAGUAGACUGCAGAAUUCCAGAAUUUCACAACACGGGUUGCUUGAUGUCCUUUGGAUAUGCCAGGAAUUUCUGCAUGGAAUGAAAAAUUGACAAAAGAAAUCCCUUCAACAUCAUCUGCUUUUGAACACCAUCAGAGCUAUUCAGAUCUUUUAUAUUGGUUUUUUCUUUUUCUUUUGAAGAUGGGGAUUUUAAAAAAACUGUCAACAGGUUCCAGCUUCUGUUUGUAAAUCUCAGUUAGCGGUCUUUUUAAUCAUGAAGAAAUUUAAAGCGAAAUCAGCAACCUUCUACAGUAAUGUUUCCCAACCUUGGCUAUUUCCAGGUAUGUAGACUUCCAGUUCAGUCCCAUAAUUCCACAUGAGCAUCACCCUUGACAGAAUUCUGGGGGGUGAAAGUCCACACACAAAUGAAGCUGCCAAGGGGAAGCACUGCUCUAAAAGAUUGCUCCAUCGGGUUUUUCAAGCCAAAGUUCUCUUUUCAUUCCCCAGAACCAGAUGAAUUUGAUUUUUUUGAGAAAAAAAAAAUAGAACUUUGUCAAAAUUUGGAUGGUUUCUCGUUAAAACAGUACUUGGUUCUGCAGGUGGGAGCUUUUUUGCUUGUGCCCUUAGGCACCCCAUAGAAUGGUCAUUGAUUCAAGGAGAACAAAUCCAGUCGUGUCAAGCAGUGUCAAGCAAUGCACAAUAUUUUGAGCCGAUUGUCUAUUUGCAGUGCACAGUUGCCGUUUGUUUUCUCCUAAAAGGCAUAACUGUGAAGAUGCCAAUUGUUGAGACGAGACGAGGAAAUAUUCCUGGUGUCGAGGUAGCUCCAGGCCAAAGCCAAAAACAUCAGCAACUUUCCCCUAAAUACCAGUUUGGGAUCUUUCUUUGGAACAACAUCUUUAUGCCAUCUUGCGUUUUGUUUUAGAGCUAAACUUUAUUUCUGGUUUAGCCUACAGCUAGGAGUGUUUUCAGUCAGACAGUCUGAAAUGACUUUGAGAGAAAGUAAGUAUUUUUACCUUUACCAUUCCAUUUCCCCAUCCUUUGAGGGAGAACAAUCUUUUGAUAUGCUAAGCGUCUUCCACUAAAUACCUUUUUCUCCCACAGACACCAGUUUGAAAUAAGAUAUUUAAUACUCUACCCUGGCUUCAAUAGGAACAGCUAUGAGAUACGAGCUCUACAUUGCCGUCAAUUAGAAUAUUUCCAUAGAUGCAUCACGUAUGAUGUUUUAAUCCAAAGAAGAGCAGAUCUGCUGACUGCAUCUUUAUGCUUAAAUAUGGAUGUUUAGCAAAUCUGACUCUCCAUCCCCAACUCCCAUUGGAUUUAAGGGACAGUUUGUCUUUUUCGGCAGGAUGUGCUGAUCUACAUACCUCUUUUCUUUGAAUUCUACCCCAGAGCAAAUUGAGAACAAAGAAAAGUCCCCAGAGAAACCAGGAAAGGCUGAUAUAAGGCUGUUUCAUUAGCUUUCCCUGGUUUGGUACUUUUAGCAGUGACAGGCUUCUAAUUUUCUGAUCUCCUUGGCCCCUUAGCAGUUACAGAAACAUGCUAGGCUGGAGAGUUGACGUACAUCAUUACAUAAUAUUUGUUAUACAUGGUGCAUCUCACUACUUUCAAAAUUGGUUCUACCUGAAUACCCGUAAAUGUAAAUGAAUCCUCUUUUCCAAGCAGCUCCCCUCCCAUCCUCCUGACUGUCAGAUCAGUUGUUGACACUGAACAAGCUUCUUCAUCUUUUGCCAUUUUAAAAUGUUAAUACUGUAUAGGCAGCAUGUAUUGGAGUUAGAAUGGAAGCAUGAAAUCCAUAGAGCUUAUAAAAACGUGUCACCAGCCUGGCUUUCAAAAGCCUCCCCUGGUAAUGCGGGUGUGUGUCUCUCUCACUGUGUAAUCCAGUUGGAACCUAUCAAGGAUCUGACUAUUGAGCCUGAUCCACACAGUUAGAGAAGUUAAUUUCUUAUAGCUUGUAAGCAAUAGCUUGUCCUUUCCUGCUCAUCGGCUACAUCUCUCUUGCUUAGAAUGUGCCACAAUUGUCAAGACUUUUUUUGUCCUCUUACUGACCAGGCUGCCAUUGCAGAGAGCAUGUACAUAGAGCUUUAAAAAAUUAAAUAGUAUUAUGUGGUGCCAUGCUACACAAAUGCCUUCAUGCCCAGAGUGCUAUCCAAGCCAUGCGGGAGCAUGUACAACAACAACAAAAAAAAAGCAAACUCAGCCUGGAAUAAAAUCCAGACAGCAAAGUGUGAUAACCAGUGUGAAACUUCCUUCUAUGGGGAAAAAAACAAACAUUAAGGGAUCAUGAACAUUUAUAACGGAAUCUUAUUUAUUUUUAGGUUAAGAGUGUGUGUUGUUUUCUGUGCAUUUCGAAGCAGAACUUUAUUAUAAAACAUAUCUGGGUAAUGGUUUGCUUUUAAUAAGACAUCCUGAGAUGUGCAAUCUUUACCAAGUGUAUGUGAAUCUGGUAUUUGUGAACAGUUUCUUUAUAUUUAUAUUUAUAUAUAUAUAUAUAUAUACAGACAUAUAUAUUAUUGCUUGGAUAAUUUCUGUACACUUGAUUUUUUUUUUUUUAGUAAUAUGAACAUUUGGCUCCUUAUCUUUGAUUACAAAUUGCACUGCUAGCCUCGUCUUUCUCUGCACACAAACACUUGGAAUUUGUUUAGUAGCACUAAGCAUGCCUUCUGAUCAGAUAUCAAAUUUACUGCAGCUACGUGAUUCUUCAUUUGCUUAGUUUUGCCUGCUUUUUUUUUUUUCAUUUAUGAGAUUGGUCCACUCAUGGGAAUUUCAGGAUCACCCCACCUGCAGUUACAGCAUCUGGAAGAUCAUAUUUUGAAGAGUGGGCUAGAGUGAAAACUACUGUUGCCUAGGUCUGCUUGCUUCUUUCUAAAACUGUGAAGGAAGAGAGUAGCAAAGAUUAUUGCAGGCUAAGCUUAUUUGCCAGCUGUUCUUGUGUGUCUAGAAUAUACAUGCUUGCAAUGUAAUCUCAAACAUGGCUGCUCAGAAGUCAGAUAGGGAUGACUAAGUUGUAAGUUUGAGAUAAGGCUAUGGCACCCUUCUCCAUAUUGCAAAUUAAUUUAAUAUAGAAGCAUAGCUAGAUUUGCUGUUUGCAGGUAUACAAAGGAAGAAUAACUUUGUCAGGUGUUCUGUCUGUUUAUGCCAGUCUCACUUUCCCAUCCUAGAUGAAGUUGUGAAAUGGAUCACAAAGAAACAACGGUUACCAAUUUUUCUGCAAUUCAUUUCUGGUUAUAGUUUUCUUGUUGAUUGCAGAAAAAAAACAUAAGAGAACAAAUAAGCAAAAUGAGGCCAGUUUCUGCUGUAGGGAUAUAUAUUUCUUCAAUCUCCUCCAAGAUAGAGGUUUCAAACUAGCAUGUUAUUGUUAUGCCUAAUCGUGUACUGUAUAUCUGAUGCCAUGUGAUAUUUCAGUGAUGGCAUUCUAUUACUGUUUUCAGAAACUAGAAAUUAUGGACAUAAUUGGAUAAGUCUGUGCACUUGUGCAUGGAGAGAAAGUUAAUAUUUAUGUCAUGGUUAUGAUUUCCAGGUUGGAGUUUUUUUUAUACAGGCAAAAAAUUCUGCUUAACAAAUCUAUUUGGGUGGGCAUUUCAAGCUGUUGUGUAGCCAAAUAGGAACAGACUAUAAAAAUGUUACUUAUCAGCCUCUCUUUUUAAAAAUACUUCAGAUUGUUGAUUCAGCAGCAGCAGUUAAGAAGAAAGUGGGUCGACAGUCUUGGUUCCUUUGACUAAGAAAAUAAGUUCAGUUAUUUUAUUGGGACUGACUUCUGAGUAAACUUACUUUGAAUUGCACUGCAGGCAUAUAUAUAUUGCACACACAAAGAUGACUUUUAUAGUCAUAGCUAUAACUCCAGAACCAAUUAGUUAAUCUCUUUAUAUUUAAUGGGUUACUCUCCAAAACCUGUUCUUCCUCUAAGUUUUCAAACUGCUUUUUAUUCUGAAAAGCAGAGGGUCAUCAAGGAUUUCUGUAAUACUUCUGGACAAAGUAAGUAGUAGUUGAUGUGCACAGUCUGUACACGGCCUAGACCCACUAACCACGAUAAAGCCAAAGUACUCCAGGUAAUCCAUGGGAUUCUAAAGUGUUUUAUUUUGGCUGGAUGAUACCUCAUUGAUCAAGUCAGCGGAACUAUUCCUAACACACUGCAUUGGAAUUCAAUUGCUAUCAAAUAAUAAUAGUUGUAAAGUUCUGUUAGAACUGGAAUACGGAAAUGAAGUUGCACCUGUUUUCUGGAUGAGCAAACGACGUAGUUAGACAAAGCUAAUAUACAGUAGUAUUGAAUUUUGAUUGUCCUUUUUUAUAACAAAUCACAGCCAUUGGCAGCUCUUUACCUCCUUGCCCCUUCCCAGGUGUUUUUUUUUUUUUUGUACAGCGAAUUAUAGUCUACGUUGGCAGGACAUGCAAAGUAUGGUUUCUGCAUAAUUGUCAAAAUUGGGAGGAAAAUACCUUGUAAAAACGGAAGCGAUUUGUUUCAUGAAUUAGGUUUAUAAUCUGCAAACAAAUGGUGUAGUGCGUUGACAAACCUAAAAGGUCUUUCAGAUAUAUGCACAUCUAAUUGGAGUUUGGGGAGCCUUUUAGCUCGGUGUACAGCCGAGAUCAGAAUGUGUCUGAAUUAAUACAAGGUCCUAGCCUAAAACAACAACAACAACUGGCAAGUGCCAUCACAACGGAAGGUUUCUUUGUGCCUUCGUUGUUUUUGUAACACGAAUCGAGAAACAUUUUGUAUUUUUUUUCCCAAUUUUUCAUGACGAUGCAGAUUCAGAAAUCCAGAGCCUUAAAAGAAGUGGUAAUUGCAAAAAUUGCCAGGGAAGAACCAAAGCAUUUUUCCGCUUCUCUCGCCAAGGCCCACACACACCCCUUAUUAUUUUUUUUAAUCUACCAGGAAAAUAAAAUAGAAGUUUUUUCUGCACUGUCCUCCGGAGGAGGAAGGGAUUUUAUUUUAUAUUGAAGAUGUAGAUAUUUCCGAGGUCGCUUCUGUCUUCGUGUCAAAUAAUAGGAAUACCCUCUUUUUUUGAUUGUGAAACUGAAUUAAGACAUGAGCACAGAUCUCUGUGGUCAGGGAGAUUUAUUUUUAUUUUUUAUUCCACUGUACUGCUUGCGGUAGACAUCGUGCUUCGCAUGGCAAGUGUUCCUCUUCUUCUUUUCAUACUCCCAAUUAUGUCUAAGCAUCUCACUUUAUGAAAAUAAGAAGAUGAAUACACCGGUCUGUAAAAGGUUGCCUCGUUAACGGCUAGAUUUUUUUUUUUUUAAGGAAAAGGAAAAAAAAAAAACCCUCACGCUGGUGAGCUGAGCAUCCAGUGGUUUUAUUGCCUUUGUAAAAGAGACCAUGAUGCCUUCGUAUUUGCUGUUUGCACCCCUACAAUCAAUUCCAUAUGUUGACUUUUGCCAUGUUUUGCACAUUGUACUGUAUAUAUGUAAUGCAUAUUGUAUUUUUAUAUGUGUAGUACAUUUAUCAUAUAUUUUGUACAUAGUGGCAAGAUUGUAGCUAAGGAAAAAAAAGAUAUCUCAGCAAUUUUGCAAUUGGUGUGUCAAAUAAACAAGUUAAUAGA